CCAAUGAUGCUGGGCCCGUGGUCCUUGCUUUUGCUCUGGGGCCUGGCUUCCCCGUGUGAGGGGCUGCUUGAGACCGUGGGAACACUCGCUCGGCUUGACAAGGAUGAACUCAGUAAAGCCAUCCAGAACUCGCUGGUUGGGGGGCCGAUCCUGCAGAACGUGCUGGGCACAGUGACAUCAUUAAACCAGGGUCUGCUGGGCUCCAAGGGGCUGCUCGGAGGAGGUGGCCUUCUGGGCACUGGAGGGGUCUUUGGUAUCAUGGAGGAGCUCUCUGGUGUGAAGAUUGAGGAGCUCACACUGCCAGAGGUGUCCCUGAAGCUGCUCCCAGGGUUCGGGGUGCAGCUGAACCUUCACACCAAGGUCGGGCUGCAUGGCUCAGGGCCCCUGGGGGGCCUCCUGCAGCUGGCUGCCGAGGUGAACGUGUCGUCGCGGGUGGGGCUGGGCAUGAGCUCACGAGGGACGCCCACCCUGGUCCUCAAGCGCUGCAGCACGCUGCUGGGCCACAUCAGCCUCCUUUCGGGGCUGCUGCCGGCACCGCUCUUCACAGUCGUGGAACGGACACUGUUCAAGGUGCUGCCCAACCUGCUGUGCCCCAUGGUGGACAGUGUGCUGGGCGUGAUGAAUGAGCUCCUGGGGGCCACACUCAGCCUCGUGCCCAUUGGCUCUCUGGGGUACGUGGAGUUCACUGUGGCCACCUUGCCUCUCAUCUCCAACCAGUACAUAGAGCUGGAUAUCAAUUCCAUCGUGAAGAGUGCAGCCGGUGACCUCAUUGAUUUCCCCAAGCCCCGUGUCCCGGUCAAGGUGCCCCCCAAGCAGGACCACACAUCCCAGGUGACUGUGCCACUGUAUCUCUUCAACACUGUGUUUGGGGUCCUGCAGACCAGCGGUGCCUUGGACAUGGACAUCACCCCUGAGCUGGUUCCUGGCAACAUUCUGCUGACCACCACAAGCCUGGCAACCUUGGUGCCAGAGGCCCUGGGAAACUUGCCCCCAGGCCAGCAUCUCUUACUCUCACUGAGGGUGAAGGAACUACCUACCAUCACACUGCAGAACAAGAAGGCCACGGUCUCCAUCCCAGCCACCAUCCACGUGCUGGCUCCUGCCCCUCAGGGGACCCCUGUAGCCCUCUUCCAGAUGAAUGAGGUGCUGACCCUAAACGCCCAGCUGGCUCCCUCGGCCACCAAGCUGCACCUCUCCCUGUCUCUGGAACGGCUCAGGGGCAAGCUGGACUCCUCCUCUGCCUACACUUUUGACGUAUCCCAUUUGGAAGAGUGGCUCCGCAGUGUGCUCCGGGCUGCCUAUGUGUCCAAGCUCAAUGUUGUCCUAGAGGUUGGAAUUCCCCUACCUAAGAUUCUCAAUGUCAAUUUUUCCAAUUCAGUUCUGGACAUCAUUGAGAAUGCCGUUGUGCUCACCGUGGCAUCCUGAGGCGCCCAUGGCCAC